AUAAUGUUGCGACUCUUCUCACAAAUCUCUCUUCAAAACAGCAAGCGCUUCUACUCUACACCUGCUUAUUCGGUUUCACGAACCACCAACAAGGGUCUUCCUGUCUAUUCCGAAUACAAGAAUGGUGGUACUCGUCUCUUGACCAUCAUCCGUAAGAUUCAAGGUGACUCUAAUGCUUUGGCUAAGGAUAUUACUACUGAUUUUCCUGAAGCUGUUGUUCAGGUCAAUGCCACUACUCAACAUGUUGUGAUUAAGGGUCAUCAUGUCAAUGAAAUCAAGGAAUGGUUAAUCAACAAAGGUUUUUAGAAAAACGAAAUAGAAGCAUUGGACACUUAGAAAGAAAGCUGCUUUAUGCGGACAAGUAAGCUUGCGAUCGAUUGUUAUAACAACGUUUUGGCAUAAAUGAUCAGUGUAUGAGUAUAUAAGCAAGAAAAGCUGUGAUAAAGAGAAGCUAAGCAAGUGUUGAUUGGUAUGAGAUGAUGGCCUACACGAUGUAUAUGAAUUCUAUAAGAAACAAAUGCUUUUUUUCACGUCAUGGUCUUAAAAAAAAAAGCUUUGAAUUCAUAAUGCAUGUUGCUUAUGUCUAUUUAAACUAUCAUGAAGUUUUGCUUUAAAGAUCACCCAACAGCCAAACCAAUGGUACCGCUCUAUUGCUGGACUUGAAAGAAAUGAUUCAAAUA